AUGACCGCCCGUGCUCUUCACUACGUCUUCAAGGUGGCGAAUCGCGCCAAGACUAUCGAUUUUUACACGAAAAUUCUGGAGAUGAAAGUUCUUCGGCACGAGGAAUUCGACAAGGGAUGCGAGGCGAGCUGCAACGGACCGUAUGAUGAGCGGUGGAGCAAAACGAUGAUCGGGUACGGGUCGGAGGAUGAGCAUUUCGUCUUGGAGCUCACUUAUAAUUACCCGAUUCAUAAGUAUGAGUUGGGUAAUGAUUAUCGGGCAAUCGUGAUCGAUUCCGAUCAACUAUUCGACAAAAUCUCUCGCAUCGAUCAUCGAAAAUCCGGAUGUGGUCGUUUGGCUGUCAAGGAUCCCGAUGGUCACGAAUUCAAAAUCGGAAAAGCUGACCACGCCCCCAAAGUGCUCCGUGUGCAAUUGAACGUCGGUGAUCUGGAAAAAUCGAAAAAAUACUGGAACGAAUUGUUGGGAAUGGGAAUUGUUGAAGAGAAAAAAACAAGGGUUCGAUUGAGUUUCGGAGAGGGACAGUGUGAAUUGGAAAUCGUCCAGUCGGGAGAGAAAAUCGAUAGAAAGACUGGAUUCGGGAGAAUUGCGUUCUCGUUGCCAGGGGAGAAGCUCCAACCCCUCCAAGACAAGAUAAAAUCAGCCAACGGCACUAUCAUAAACGAGUUGCUCACCCUCAAAACCCCCGGAAAAGCAGACGUUCAAGUGGUGAUUCUCGCCGAUCCAGAUGCUCACGAGAUCUGUUUCGUCGGCGAUGAAGGAUUCCGCGAUUUGAGCAAAAUCGACGAUGCCGCUGAAAAAGAGCUCCGUGAGCAGAUUCAGAAGGAUGAUAGCGAGAAGUGGUACUGA